ACAGCCAGGAUGGCUCGGGAUAUGUCAGAUAAGGAAAUCUUGAAAAUGGAGCUGGAACAGUUGAAGAAGGAAGUUAGCACACCGAGGACACCAGUGGGUACAAACUGUGCAGAAACCAUCGCUUUUGUUGAGGGACUGCUACCAAAUGAUCCGCUGAUCAAAGGAGUCCCAGAUGACAAGAACCCCUACAAGGGAGACAAGGGAGGCUGUAUAAUAACAUAACACAGGGACAUCCAGAGAAAAAUGUUUUUUAUGAGAGUCCGUUACACUGCUGUAAUGUUACUGUAGAAUUCUUUUGGAUAAACUGUACAGUAGUAAGAAAACUAAGUAAUGGUAGUGUAACCAGGAUUACUGUAUGUACCUGUUGAUAUAAAAAUGUUUCUCUGUCAAUUUGUAAUUAAAUUCAAAUAGCUGUAAGAAGCUUUGAAGAGACCUGGCUGCUGUCAUUAUUGAUACACUUCAGCAUAUCUCACUUUCAUCUCAUUAUAUGACAGGCCGCCGGUUCAUGUUCAGCAGGGUUGACUGGCGUCCAAAUUUUCUGACUGUAAGUGGGCAUAAUUCAACAUGGCGCUCACUUGUGUUGCAGCACAAUGCAGG